AUUUUGUUUUACAAAUUCGUAAAUUUCUUGUUGAAAUCACUAUAUUUUUCGGUCCAAAUGAUGCUGAGCGUUGUCUAUGUUUUGUGAUGCUUACUUACCACUGCAAUUCAACUUCUGAAUGUGCAUGGUUUGUUCAUAAUUCAAGCUAAGGCUGUGGUAGGCCUACAGUGUGUUCCCAAAAAAUCCUUUAUUUUCACCAUACAUACUGUACAGGUUGUUCCAAAAUAUCAUGUUCCAGUCUUCUUCUUCAAGUUCUAUGUUAAUUAAAGUUUAUAUAAGUCACUUCAGAUAUGAUAUGGCGAGUUCGAUGUCUACGAGUUCGAGUGGGUCCAGUGCCGAUGUCAAGAUAAGGGAGAUGCUGAAGGAACUGUACACACUGAUACACGAGGUUCAAGAGGAGAGAGAUCGGGGAGAACAUGCCAUUCAAAACAUACAGAAGACACACGAGAGAAUGCAACAAGAACAAAAAAUUUCUGCCUACUACAAGACAAAGUUAAAGGGCCUUUACAAUACAGCCAUGCAGGAUGCUGAAGCAGAGGCUGAAGCCCUAAAGAAAGCCCUAGAGAAAGUGGUUGAGAUAAAAGCAUUUCGACAUGAUAGAAGUAUUUCUGAUCGCCCCAAGCAGAUAAUGAGAAGAGGAGUGCUCAUGACCAUGUUACAACAGAACGCAUCCACUUUACCACUCUGGAUAGGCAAACCAGGUGAAAAACCCCCUCCCCUGUGUGGUGCUGUGCCAGCUGAUAACAACUACGUAGCAAAGGCCGGGGACAAGGUUGCAGCAAGGGUACGAGGUAGCGAUGGCGAGGAGAACUGGAUCCUGGCUGAAGUUGUCAGUUAUUCGUCAUCGACGGGGAAAUAUGACGUUGAUGACAUCGAUGCAGAAGAAGGGAAGGAACGACACAGUCUUAGUAAGAGACGAAUAGUUCCUCUGCCCAUCUGGAAAUCUAACCCAGAGACUGACCCUGAAGCUCUCUUCCCCAAGGAUACGCUGGUGCUUGCACUAUAUCCACAGACAACAUGCUUUUACAGAGCUCUCAUACAUGAGGCGCCAAAACGUCCUCAAGACGAUUACUCGGUAUUGUUUGAAGAUACAUCCUACCCUGCCGGCUACUCACCUCCUCUCACGGUUGCUCAGCGUUAUGUCAUCUUGUGUAAAGAGGACAAGAAAAAAUAACACCAUAACAUUAGAGUUGGAUGAACAGUUGUGAGGACAGUUGUCUCAGUUUGACAAAGAGUGUCGAUUAGGUUGAUCAGUUGGGUUUCCUAUGGUUGAAUGAAGUCAUCCUGUCAACAAAGUAAUGGCACAACAAUGAGAAGCUAAUCGUGGUGGCUCAAAUGAUGAAGGGACUUGGAAUGAGAGCUGGAUCAGGGAUCAAGACAGAUCUACAAAUAACAAGUUUCAGCAAAUUUCAUGCAUAAUAACUGCACUAUGGCAUGGGGUAUUUCCUGAGCCAAUGAACACGAAUGGCGUACCCCUUUAAGGCUGUGCUGGUCCUCUGUUUGCAAACAUGGUUUUCAACUGCAGGAUGGGAGAGAUCUAGUUUGGGCAAAUAACAUUUGCCAGCGGCAUGGAAAGUGGUUAUGGCAGCUAAGUUGUUGGUAAAAUACUUGUACAUCUUGUUGGUGUAUCAAGAGUCAGAUUAUGUCUGUGGCAAUAGGUACCUGUCAGUGUUGAA